CUCUCUCUCCCUCUUCCUGAUUUUCUUCCCCACUGAAAACGCCAGUUUAGUACUUUAGUUAUGCCCUUUUUUGGGCCUUCGUAGAAUCUUAAUUCAGCACAAGAUCAGGAUUCAGGAGAUUAGAUUAGACAGCUUGGUAACGGAGUGGAGAGGGAAAAGGAGGGGGAAAGCAAAGAACCCAGCUGAUGGGGAAGGCGAAGUUGAAAUCCCUUGUGAUUUGAGCAGGUGGAAGAGAGAGAGAGAGGGUGAAAGUUGGAAUCUUUUUUUUUUAUCUACUCUUAUGGAAUGCCACUACCAUCCCACAAUCAGCAGCAGAGGAGGAAAAGGAAUAAAGUGGGAGAAGAAGAAGAAGAACUGCAGCAGCUGUUUUGGGUUCUGGGUUUCUGCUCAAAAGGAUUUUUCUCCUCAACGGUUGAAACUUAGAAUCAGCUGUUUUUGUUGAAUCUCAGUAUUCGUGGCAAUGAGAAGCCAGCAUUAUAAAGUUGGGUUUUUCCUGUUCUUGCUCUUCUUUGGUCCAAUGGCAUCAUUAGCAGACCCAGCAUUCGUUGGAACAUAUGGAAUAAACUAUGGAAGAAUUGCAGAUAACAUUCCAUCUCCCGACGAAGUAGUCACACUUCUCCGGUCAGCAAAGAUACGCAAUGUUCGUAUCUAUGACGCUGAUCACAGCGUGCUCACUGCAUUCAGUGGAACCGGGUUCAAGCUCGUGAUCGGCCUCCCCAACGGGUUUCUCAAAGACAUGAGCAGCAAUGCAAGCAACGCCAUGAGCUGGGUGAAAGACAACGUCCAGAAGUUCAUGCCAGGGAUAUGUGGUGUGGCAAUAGGGAACGAGGUCUUGGGAGGAAGCGAUGUCGAGCUCUAUGGUGCUCUUUUAGGUGCAGCCAAGAACAUACACAGCGCUCUAAACCAGCUCGGUCUAUCUGAUGCAGUCCAGGUCUCUACAGCUCACUCGCAAGCUGUCUUCUCCAACUCCUACCCUCCUUCCUCGUGCGUAUUUGCCGAGAACAUCGCUCAGUACAUGAAGCCAUUGUUGCAGUUUUUCUGGGAAGCCGGGUCACCAUUCUGCUUGAACGCUUAUCCAUUCCUUGACUACAUGAAUGAUCCGGCCAGCAUCGACAUUAACUACGCUCUUUUCCAGAAGACGAAAGGGAUUUUCGAUCCAAAGACAGAGCUGCACUACGAUAACAUGCUGGAUGCCCAGAUAGAUGCUGCCUAUGCGGCUCUGGAAGAUGCAGGGUUUGAUAAGAUGGAAGUUAUAGUGACGGAGACGGGAUGGGCUUCUAAGGGUGAUGGGAACGAAGCUGCUGCAACGCCGGAGAACGCAAGGACUUACAAUUUUAACCUGCGUAAGAGGCUGGCAAAGAAGAAAGGCACUCCGAGGAGGCCGAAGAACAUUGUGAAGGCAUAUAUUUUCGCAAUAUUUAACGAGAAUUUGAAGCCUGGGCCAACUUCCGAGAGGAAUUUCGGGCUCUUCAAGCCGGAUGGGAGCAUUUCUUAUGAUGUUGGAUAUAAAGGGCUAAAAUCAUCAUCUGCUGAUUCAGUGGUUAUGUCAUUGAAGGAUUUUCCAGCUCAAGGUUUGUUGAGGUCUUAUCAGUUUGUCUGGACAAUCUGUACCCUGGUAUUGCUUCUACUGUUUAGACAAUGAUGUUUAAGGAACAAUCAUCUUUGUAAAUCAGGCACUCAGGGAUCAACAAGUUAAGAGAGUUCAAUAGUUAUACAGAUACAAUACGAAUCCAUGUCAAACUCCAAGAGUACCUACAAAGUAAUACUGCGAUUCCUUGGUAUUAUAGCAUACUUCUUACAGAAAUUGCUGAUUGUUUGAGCUCUCUUAAGCAGAAGUGUGCACCUGGGUCAAUCAUAGAAUCACUGCUUACCAGUUGUUUAUCCACACUUCGCUGUAAAGAAGGCUGAUCCUAUGUUUUCUGAGGAACUUGAGCUGUUACUGGCAAGAUGAAUCACAUCAAACCCACUUGUUGAUCAAGCUAGAAACUUUUGCUUUGCUGCAGAUGAAUUCCAGAAUGAAGAUUCAGGGCAGUUGACCUGGGAAUUAAUUAGUUUAAUGAUGAUUUUGGUAUUUGUUGUGCCGAACCGACAUGUGUGGUAAGAAGCUCAUUCAUAUAAUACAAGAACGUAGGAAGCCUAUUUAUUUGACUUCAUAUGCAGAAGGCUUUGACUGUCCAAUCUUGUCCAAAGGUCAUUUGUAGUGUACUAUUUGUUUAUGGUGGUAAUCUCAGGAUCCCGCGGUUUAUUGCAUUGAUUUUCCAGGAGUCCAUGAUGUCAUCCAUGAAAUAAUCCUCCCUUUGGUGUUAUUGGUCUUUCUAUCUGACCAAAUCGGAGAAGAUCAACUUUCCUGGUUUUCCUUCUUUUGUUAAAAUAUUGUUUCUCUAGCUUUUUAACCCUUUGAUGCUUCAUGAGGUGGAAUUAUGAAAGUGUACAAAGACUAAUCUAGUUUC